AUGCAUCUUCUCAACACACUGGCAGUCCUAGCUGCCCUUCCCACAUCGGCAUACACCCUCUUCUCCCCCUCAGGCCACACCUGGUACACCUCCCCCGCCAAAGACUUCUCCUCGACCCUGCCCAUCGGCAACAGCCGCCUCGCAGCAGCAAUAUGGGGCAGCCUGACGGACAAUAUCACCCUGAACGAAAACUCCAUCUGGAGCGGCCCGUUUCAGGACCGUGUGAACCCCAGAUCCUACGAGGGCUUCACGCAGGUGCGAUCUAUGCUGCAAGACGGGAAGAUCAGCGCGGCGAACCAGUUGACACUGGUUGAUAUGGCAGGUAUUCCGACGAGUCCGCGGGCGUACAACCCGCUUGGUGCACUGAAGUUGGAUUUUGGCCAUGAUACUGUGAACAAUUAUACGAGAUUCUUGGAUCUGGGGAUGGGUGUUGCGGGGGUCGAGUAUGAAUAUGAUAAUGUUACCUAUAGUCGUGAGUAUGUGGCAAGUCAUCCGGACGGGAUUCUGGCUGUCCGUCUACGCGCGAGUACGCCGGGUUCUCUCAAUGUGGCAUGCUCCUUGGAGAGGAGCAGAUAUGUCAAGAGCAACACGGCGAAUGUUAGGAAAAGUUGGGGGACUUUGACUUUAAAGGCAAACACUGGACAGGCGAACGAUCCGAUAUCAUUUGUGGCAGAGGCACAGAUAGUCAGUGUCGGAGGACACAUGUCGAGCGAUGGAUCAUCCGUUGUGAUUAACGGUGCAUCAACCAUAGACAUCUUCUUCGAUGCGCAGACUUCCUAUCGGUUUUUCGAGGAGGAUAGUCGAGCUGCACAGCUUAGCAAGCAGCUGGAUGCUGCAGUCAAACAAGGAUAUCCUGCUGUGAAGAAGGCUGCCACUAGAGAUUACGCUUCUCUAACCAGCCGUGUGAGAUUGAAUCUGGGAUCAUCUGGCGCAGCGGGAGGGUUUUCAACAGACGUCCGAUUGUUUAACUACAAGAAAGACGCCAACAGUGACCCCGAGCUGGCGACAUUGAUGUUCAAUUUUGGCCGACACUUACUCAUUGCUUCGUCACGAGGCGGAGACACGCCUGGCCUCCCUGCUAACCUUCAAGGAAUUUGGAAUGAGGACUACGAACCUGCCUGGGGAGGCAAGUAUACGGUCGAUGUGAACCUGGAGAUGAACUACUGGCCGGCUCAGGUUACCAAUCUGGCUGAAACAUUUGGCCCUGUCGUUGAUCUGAUGGAUACUGUUGUCCCCCAUGGCAAAGACGUCGCCCAACGCAUGUACCACUGCGACGCCGGGUACGUCCUUCACCACAAUACAGACCUCUGGGGCGAUGCUGCACCCGUCGACAACGGGACUGCCUGGAUGUCCAUGAAUCUCAUAGAGCAAUACCGCUUCACGCAAGACAAAAGUCUGCUUAAAGAGCGGAUCUGGCCUCUACUCAAAGAGGCAGCAAACUUUUACUAUUGCUAUCUGUUUGAACAUGAAGGCCACUACAUUAGCGGUCCAUCCAUCUCGCCCGAACAUGCCUUCAUCGUUCCUGAUGAGAUGUCCGUUCCCGGAAAAGAGGCAGGCAUCGACCUAUCCCCGACGAUGGACAACUCCCUACUCCAGGAGCUCUUUGCGGCUGUUAUUGAGGCCUGCACCACCCUUGGUAUAACUGGCGACGACAUAGACAAGGCGCAGAAAUACCUUUCCAAGCUCCCACCGCCACCGAUCGGGUCGUAUGGGCAAAUCCUCGAAUGGCGACGGGAGUACAACGAGACCGAACCAGGCCAUCGGCACAUGUCCCCAAUACUCGGCCUUUACCCCGGCUCUCAAAUGACUCCGGCAGUCAACAAAACACUCGCCGACGCAGCAAAGGUCCUUCUCGACCACCGCAUCGAGCACGGCAGCGGAAGUACCGGCUGGUCGCGAACAUGGACAAUGAACCUGUACGCGCGCCUACUCGACGGCGACCAGGUCUGGCACCAUGCGCAAAAUUUCCUCCAGACAUAUCCGAGUGAUAACUUGUGGAAUACAGACCAUGGGCCGGGAAGUGCAUUCCAGAUCGAUGGGAAUUUCGGGUACACAGCGGCGAUAGCGGAGAUGUUACUACAGAGUCAUGCAGUGGUACAUUUGCUCCCUGCGUUACCCCCUGCCGUUCCUGACGGCAGUGUGACUGGUCUGGUUGCAAGGGGAAACUUUGUGAUCGAUAUGACCUGGGCCCAAGGCAUGCUGAAACAGGCAAAAAUAGAAGCCCGCAGUGGAGGGGAGCUCAGAUUGAGGGUACAGAAUGGAGGGGAGUUCACUGUGGAUGGGAAGAAGUAUACAGGACCUAUCCAGGCAGUUGCUGGAAAGACGUACACGGUGAAGCCGAUGUAG